CCAGGGGCAGUAACUUGUGUUUUUUUUUCUCAAUGGCUAGUAAUAAUUGAUUUUAAGAUGCGUCGAAUCUUUUUCUCUUUUAUUUUAAUUUACUGCACAUUUAAUUGCGAAGCUGGGUAUGGAAUUCCGGCUUCUAGUGACACAUAUGGACAAUCAGACGUUCAGGCCCCUCCAUAUGUACCGGCUUAUUUGAAAAACCAGAACUUUGCGAAAACUGGCUACCCAGGCGUGAAAACUCACUACGGCGGCACGAAGACAGUGUACGGUGGUACAAAAACUGGGUACGGAGGAACCAAAACUGGUUAUGGAGGGACUGGUUACGGUGGACCUAACACCGGCUACGGAGGACCCUACGGCGGAUAUGGAGGAUCCAAUAUGGGUUAUGGCCAUAGUAGUGGUGGCCAUGGGUUUUCCUGGGUCACCCCGUCUCAGUAUUCCGAAACCAGGUCUUGGCAUUCUCAUUCCGGAGAAGCGCCUAAUUACCAGCAGUUCGUCGAUAAUGCAAUGCAAGGUUUGCAACCGAAAUGCGACCCAGAAUGCAGGAACACGGGCAUAUGCGUUGACACAAACACGUGCCUUUGUCCAGCGAAUUAUCAAGGGAAGUACUGUGAGUUCGAGAAGAAACCUUGUCUAUCAUACCCGCCUCUGCCAAUGAAUGCUCGUAGGAAAUGUUCAAGCGAACUGUGCACGAUCACCUGCAUGGAAGGUUACAAGUUCAUCGACGGCACAACCGUGGCCAACAUGCAGUGCACUGAGGGCGAGUGGCAGCCGACCCGGGCCGACUUCACCACGAUCCCGGACUGCGAGCCCCAGUGCGAGCCCCCCUGUAUGAACGGCGGGAUCUGUUUGUCUCUCAAUAUGUGCCAAUGCUCAGCCGAAUACAGGGGACCGCAGUGUCAAUAUUCUACCAGCGUUUGCGAUAUAAGGAAGCUGGCUUUCAACGGUGGUUACAAGUGCUUCGGAGACGGAGAAAAGUUCAGCUGCAAGCUCAAAUGUCCCAGGGGCUCCAAGUUCAGUGCGACACCGGCUCCCGUCUACACUUGUCACUACGACAGCGGAGUGUUCCUCCCGCAACCGAUACCACAGUGUGAAUUCCAGGACGUCGUGGUCAUAAGUCCGAAUCAUCACAACAAUUCGUCGUACUAUUCGUACUCGCAAGGUUCGAGUGAGUCUCACUCAAGGGAACGAGGUGAUACGCCGUCUCACUCGAGCGAGGCUCACGGCUAUGGCCACACUGGUGGACCCCACGGCUCCUAUGGCAUCAAGGAAAACCCUUUGGUGGUCAUACAGGAUUUCACGCCCAAAGGAGGCACUUGCUUGAGUUGGGCUGGUGUGCAUUAUAAGACCUUUGAUGGGAAAAUUUACAGCGUGCAAUCACCAUGCCAACACGUUCUGAUCCGAGAUGCCAAAGAACAUAAAUACACAGUAGCCGUCAAACAAGGAGAGUGCAAACGUUACCCGUACUGUCCAAGUGAAAUCACCAUUUACUUAGAGGACAAACCGUUUUUCUUGUCUGUUGACGAGGACGGGUCGGUGUCAUUCCGCAACAGUCGUCGGUUGAUCCCGAUGCCGGCCUCCCUGCCCGGCCUCAGGGUGGCCAUGCCCAGCGACUACGUGCAAGUCAACCUGGACAAUGCUGGGGUCACUCUCAAAUGGGACACCAACAAUUUAAUAUUGGUAGAAGCCUCUGUAUUACUGUGGAACAACACCGAAGGUCUAUGUGGGAAGCUUGAUGGUAACCCAGAGAACGACUUUACAACCAAAGCAAACACGUUGGCCAAAACGAAAUCUGAAUUCGCUUCUUCGUGGAAACUCAACAAGAUUGGAGAUACAUGCGAGAGUAAUCCUACAGAGUCAAGCGCUUGUGAAUCCAAAGGAGAUGAGGACUUGAAGAAAGCAAUGCAAUUCUGUACAAGAAUCUUCAGUAAAGAUAAAUUUAGGAAAUGCUCAAAGGUUAUGGAUGUGUCGUUAUUGCUGGAAGCUUGCCAAUGGGAUUAUUGUGCUUGUACAAAAUCUCUAAGUCCAGAGGAAUGUGCCUGCAGUACAGUCGCGGUGUAUGCCAAGGAGUGUCUCCGUCACGGUGUGGAGGAGAUGAAGAACUGGCGCGAUCCUGACACCUGUCCAAUGAAAUGCCCGGAAGGCAAGAUAUACAAGGCGUGCGGCCCAGAUGUGCAGGCAAGCUGUGCCUUCCCGAACGUGCCAGCCGUCAGCAGCGCGGACAACGUCACCUGCGUCGAGGGCUGCUUCUGUCCCGAGGGUCUCCUACUGGAGGCGGGACGAUGUGUCCAGCCAGCCGAUUGUCCCUGCAGACUCAGGAACAAGAGCUUCAAACCAGGAAGCGUUCUGCCCAAAGAAUGUAAUACGUGCACAUGCUCGCGCGGCGCGUGGGUGUGCUCGGAGGCGGCAUGCGGGGCACGGUGCGGGGCGGUGGGAGACCCGCACUACACAACGUUCGACGGGCUGCGGUACGACUUCAUGGGCCGCUGCUCCUACACCAUGCUGCAGGCGGGCAACCUUACUGUCGACGUGGAGAACGUGGCCUGCUCCGGAGCCAUCUCUGAGGAAAUGAAUCUAACACCAUACAAAGGUGCAGGUUCACCUUCAUGCACCAAAGCCGUCAACUUGAACUACGGAGAAAUUAAGGUCCAUCUGAAGCAAGGAGGGUUUAUACUUGUGAAUGGGAAGGAAGUCGCCACACUGCCCGUUAUGAUCGGGAAUGUCAGAAUCAGAGCGGCUUCAUCUCUCUUCCUCAUCGUGCAACUUCCCAACAAAGUGGAUCUCUGGUGGGAUGGCAACACGCGAGUCUUCAUAGAUGUGCCACCAGAAUUCAAGGAUAAAACGAAGGGACUCUGCGGAACUUUCAAUUUGAACCAGAAAGAUGACUUCUUAACGCCCGAGAACGACGUGGAACAGUCCGCGCUCGCGUUCGCUAACAAAUGGAAGACCAGGGAGUUCUGUGCGGAUAUCGAUAACAAAGAACCGGAACACCCCUGCGUGGCCAACGUCGAGAACAAAGCUGCAGCCGAGAAGUACUGCAGCAAGCUCAUGAGUAAUCUGUUUGAAGAGUGUCACUGGUACGUGGACGUGGAGCCGUACUACCAGGCGUGCCUGUACGACAUGUGCGCAUGUGCGGGGGACGUGACCCGGUGCCUGUGCCCCGUGCUCGGGGACUACGCCAUGGUGUGCGCCAAGAACGGGAUCAUCCUGCAGUGGCGGUACAACGUUAAGGAGUGCGAGCUGUCGUGUACCGGCGGCCAGCAGUACACGGUGUGUGCUGACAGCUGUCUCCGCAAGUGCUCGGACACAGCCUUGGCGGCCUCCGGGCAGUGCAAGCCUGUCUGUGUGGAGGGCUGCGCCUGCCCGCCCUCACAGCUCCUAGACGACAAUGGAGUGUGUGUUCCCGUCGCGAAGUGUCCCUGCAUCCACAAGGGCUUGCAGUUCAACGCUGGGUAUAAGGAAAUAAGACCUGGGAGACGGGAGAGAGAAUUGUGUACUUGUGUCGGUGCUCGUUGGGACUGCAAGCCUGCGACUCCUGAAGAGAUCCAGAACUAUCCUCCAGCUGAAGAUUUGAGAAGCAAUUGCACAGCCCAGAACAUGGAGUUCACCACCUGCGAGACAUCGGAACCACUAACUUGCAAGAAUAUGCACCUACCCCCGAGCACGCAGACCGCGGAGUGUCGCCCCGGAUGUCAGUGCAAGAAGGGCCAGGUGCUGGACACCGCGUCCAAGCGCUGCGUGCCCGCCACCCAGUGCCCGUGCCACCACGCCGGCCGGAGCUACCCCGACGGACACCUCAUGCAGGAGGAGUGCAACAAAUGCGAAUGCAAAAACGGUAACUGGUCGUGCACGCAGCGCAAGUGCGCGGGCGUGUGCGGUGCUUGGGGCGACUCCCACGUCAACACGUUCGACGGAACACAGUACGACUUCGAAGGAGUAUGCACUUAUCUACUCGCGAAAGGUGCUAUGGACGGAACCGAUGGCUUCGAUGUCGAGAUACAGAACGUCCCGUGCGGCACAACGGGAGCAACCUGUUCCAAAUCUGUCACAUUGAAGGUCGGAGGAGCUGGAAACGAAGAGAUCGUGUCUCUAACCAAAAACGCGCCCAUUCCUGAUAUCUCUAAGCUCAAACGGAUAAAAAUGCGUAAGGCUGGUGCGUACGUGUUCCUGGAUGUACCGUCUCUAGGAAUGAGCCUGCAGUGGGAUCGAGGGUUGCGGGUUUACGUCAAGAUCGACACUAUGUGGCAGGGACGAGUCAAAGGUCUAUGUGGUAACUACAACGGAGACAUGCGAGAUGACUUCCAGACUCCGUCGGGAGGCGGCAUGUCGGAGUCCUCUGCUCUGAUAUUCGCUGACUCGUGGAAACUGAAGCCGACCUGCCCUAAACCUCAACCUGUUAUUGACCAUUGUAAGCAACGUCCGGAGCGCAAGGAGUGGGCGCAGAGCGUGUGCGGCGCGCUGAAGCGGUACCCGUUCAGCCUGUGCGCGGGGGAGGUGGGCGCGGGCGCGUACGUGGCGCGGUGCGAGCGCGACGCGUGCGCGUGCGACGCGGGCGCCGACUGCGAGUGUGCGUGCGCCGCGCUCGCCGCCUACGCACACGCGUGCGCGCACCGCGGCGUCACCUUCAACUGGAGAACUAACGACUUGUGCCCAAUGCAAUGCGACGAAGAGUGCUCGAAUUACGACUCGUGCGUGUCGGCGUGUCCCGUCGAGACGUGUGACAACAUACUGUACUACGCCGAGACGAAGGCUCGCUGCGAGCAGGACACGUGCGUGGAAGGUUGCAAGCCCAAAAAGUCUUGCCCGGAAGGCUCGGUCUACAAGAAUGACUCCACCACGGAAUGCGUGCCCCGCGCCAAGUGCAAGCCGGUCUGCAUGACCCUCGACGGCGGCAGGGAAGUGCUCGAAGGAGAGAUCAUCGAGGAGGACGCCUGCCACACUUGCCGAUGCUCCAAGAAACACAAAGUGUGCACGGGACAGCCUUGCUCUACUGAAGCGCCUCGAAUCCAAGCGACCUCAUCGUCUGCCGAGCCGGCUACAGAGAGGCCUCACGACGAGCCGCUGAAGUGUGUGACUGGCUGGACGCCCUGGAUCAACCGGGGACCCGCCGAGAUCGGCCCCGAUGGACAGUCCGUCGAGAGCGAGCCGCUACCCAAACCUAAUGAGCUGCAAAUCGGUAAGCCAAUGUGCAAACCCGAAAUGAUGAAGAAGAUUGAGUGCCGCACCGUCAAUGAUCACAAGACUCCGAAAGAUACCGGACUGAACGUAGAGUGCAGCUUGGAGAACGGACUCGUGUGUGAGGAGCCAGAGAAAACCUGUCCCGACUUCGAGAUCAAGGUCUACUGCGAAUGUGAAGAGCCGCAAGUUUGCGUGGAGUCGGUUCGUCCCAGCGAGCCGCACCCCACGGACUGCAGCAAGUUCUACGAGUGUGGCCCCGCCGGGCCCGUGCUGAAGAACUGUGGGCCCGGCACGUGGUACAACCCUCAGUCCAUGGUCUGCGACUGGCCCGCCGCUGUGGCCGCGGUCCGGCCGGAUUGCGCCUUCACCACCCAAAAAGCCCAGGACACCAGUCCCCCAGUGACUGUCACCAGCGAAGCUUCUUCAGAACCAGUGAGCACCACAUUAGCGACAACCACAUCCCGGUGCCCUCCCGGGGAGGUCUACCAGGCCUGCGCCUACAAGUGUGACCGCCUCUGUGACCACUUCAAGAAGACUCUCAUUGCGAAGGGCAGAUGCAUUAGCGAGAUGUGCGUGGACGGAUGUGUGGAUGAGUCCGUAGCCAGCAAUGGGUGCCAGGGCUCCUCGCGCUGGCGAGACGAGCGAACCUGCGUCCCCGUCAAGGACUGCACGUGCUACAACGACGGGCAAAUCGUCAAGCCAGGAGGAGUGACGGAGUCCGGCUGCAUCAAGUGUCAGUGUUUGGACAACAACCUGUACUGCGACUCUAAGGACUGUGUCUCGUUGAACAUCCCUCACCAAGGGUCCACCCACCUGCCGUACAUCGUGCGGCCGGACAGCACCACGACCACCAGCACGACCACCACUACAACCACCACCACAACCACCACCACUCCUGCACCGACUGAGACGACCACCGAGACUACGGUGCCGCUUAUAAUCAAAUCGACCGUGUCUCCGCCCCCAGAAUGUUCGCCGGACAACUAUAUAGACUUGGUAAUGGGAGACGAGCCUCUCCCCGACACAGCGUUCACCGCCAGUUCAGAGUUCAGUGAGAUCUUCGCUCCGCACAACGCUAGACUAAAUCGAGGACCAACGAAUUCUGGAGCCGGCAGUUGGAAUCCUAAAGUGAACAAUGACAAGCAGUACAUACAAGUGGAGCUUCCUCGUCGGGAGCCGAUCUAUGGGGUCGUCUUGCAGGGCAGUCCCAUCUUCGACCAGUACGUCACCAGCUACGAGAUCAUGUACGGAGACGACGGCAACACCUUCUCGACUGUUGACGGACCUGAUGGCAAACCUAAGACAUUCCGUGGCCCGAUUGACAACACUCACCCAGUAAAGCAGAUGAUAAGUCCUCCCAUCGAGGCGAAGGUGGUCCGCAUCAGACCCCUGACGUGGCACGAUGAGAUCUCCCUCAGGCUGGAGCUCAUCGGAUGCGCGGAGCCCCUCACCACAGAAACUUCGGAGCCUACUCCCACCUCUGAAUCACCACUACAGUGUACGGAGCCGCUCGGGUUGAUCGGAGAGUUGCCGCUAGAGAACAUUCAGGUCAGCUCCAAUAGCGAGGAGAAGGACUACCUUUCCAUCAACGGAAACCGAGGCUGGAAGCCGCUGUACAACACGCCGGGAUGGGUCAUGUUCGACUUCACAGGGCCCCGUAACAUCACCGGUAUCCUCACCAAAGGCGGAAACGACGGAUGGGUCACCUCCUACAAAGUCCUUUACACCUCAGACUUCGAAACUUUCAACCCAGUCAUCGACAAAGACGGCAAAGAGAAAAUAUUCCCGGCAAAUUUCGAUGGAAUCGUAUCGGUGACCAAUGAGUUCCGCCCGCCCAUACGUGCGAGAUACUUGAAGGUUCUGCCGCAGAAAUGGAACAAAAACAUCGAAUUGAGAAUCGAACCCAUUGGAUGCUUCGAGCCAUAUCCUGAAAUCCUACGAUCGCUGCCAGAAGAGGAAGAAGGAAGGGAAGAACCCCAAGUCGUUAGAAAAGAAUACGGGAUGUCACAGGAGGGUGAAAUGCCGAAUUGUCACAUCUGUCCCGGAGUAGAGGCGAAGGAGUGCACGUGCUCAUACCCGGAAUACUUUGACGGGGAGAACUGUGUGCCGAGGGCCGAGUGUCCUUGUGUCGAAUCAUUUAUGACGUACCCUGUAGGAUCUACGUUCAGGGGCGCGAACUGUGACGAAUGUGUCUGCAAACUAGGAGGGACCACCGAAUGUAAACCAUUCAAAGAAUGCCAGUGUGACGACGAAUCCCUAGUACCGAAACUUUCUCCGACGACUUGCGACUGCACCUGCGAGCCCUGUACAAACGGUACCAAGAUAUGCAAGACGAGCAAGCUGUGCCUGGCUCUGGAGUCGUGGUGUGACGGCGUCCAGGACUGUCCGGACGACGAGCGGGACUGCACGACCUCGACCGCCCGGACAACGACCACGGAGCCGACCGUCGUCACUACCGUAGCGCCCACGCAGGCUGCCACUGCACCUCCCACGACCACGACCCCCAAGCCGGUCGUCGAAUGUCCGAAAGUGGAAUGUCCUCCCGGUUACAUCAUCAGUUACACCACCGGUUCAUCAUCGAGCUACUCCCGCGCUUUCUCAUCAGACCUGCCUCCACCUAGGCCCAGGUACUCGUACCAGAGGUACUACAGAGGACGUUCCACAGGAGGGUACUCUGGUUACGCCAAGACUGGUUAUUCAAAAGGAGGAUUCUCUAAAGGCGGCUUCUCAAAAGGUGGAUAUGGUUACCCGUCGAUUCCACGUUCGAACCAAGCUUUCACCCUGGACAAGCCGGCCCUUACGAACAAACAGCCCACUUCGAAGGAAGAAUGCGCCCAGUUCAAGUGUAUACCCAAACUGCCGGCCUUCAAGCCCGGCGUGGUGCCGCCGCCGGUUGCGUGCUCCGUGGUCACGUGUCCCGCCGGAUAUACCCUCAAACUCGAUAAAGUGCCGACCGGAUAUAACAAAUGCCCGCAGUAUGAAUGCGUGCCACCACUAGAGCGUCCAGUUUUCUGCAACAUGACCGGAAGGACUUUCAACACGUUCGACGGCAUGGAGUAUAAGUACGACGUCUGCUUCCACAUGCUGGCCAGGGACAACAAGUUCGACGCCUGGCUUAUUAUCGUCCGAAAGAACUGCCGCCUGGACGGUUGCACUAACGAAUUGAUCGUAAUGCAAGACGAUCAAUUGAUUCAAGUGAAACCUAACAUGAUGGUCACGUACAACAACUACGAGUACACAAUCGAACAGACAAAGAAGAUUUGCUUCCAGAAGAACAGCUUCGAUGUGGACCGCCUCGGAAACGGAAUCUCUAUCACGUCGAGAAAGUACAAUUUCACUGUGCUCUAUAAUAAAGAAGGAGAUGUUAAGAUUGGGGUAUUGAAGAAGCACAUGGGCGGAGUGGACGGUCUGUGCGGAGCCUAUGAUGGCUCGUUGGCCAACGAGCGGCGUCUCCCGGACGGCCGGGUCGCGACUUCGAUAGACGAGUUCGGUCGCAGUUGGGCCAAGCCCGGCGUCCCCGCCGACGCCUGCGCCCCGCGAGUCGCCUCCGCGCACAAACAGCGGAGAGCUUGGGACCUCUGUAACGUUAUUACGGAAGAGCCGUUCUCGCAAUGCGGCAAAGUCCUGAACUUGGACAAGUGGCGGCACAUUUGCUUGGAGAAGAUCUGCGAGUGCACCGACCUCGUCGUCAACGGCACCAAGCGCACCGAGGAGCAGUGCCGCUGCCUCGUGCUGCAGCAGAUGGCGGCCGAGUGCCUCGCGGCAGACGCCGGCGUCGACCUCGCCUCCUGGAGGCUCAUGAUGGACUGUCCGGCGGACUGUCCCCCGCCGCUGGUGCACUACGACUGCUACCGCAAGCGAUGCGAGGAGACGUGCGCGCCCUACCCGAACGCCGCGCGCGCCUGCCCCGCGCAGGAGGGACAGUGCUCGCCGGGCUGCUACUGCCCCGACGGGAAGCUUCGGAAGGGAGACCAGUGCGUGCUGCCAGCGGACUGCUUGGACUGCACGUGUACAGGAGUCGGUACACCAGCUAAGUACACUACCUUCGAGGGCGACGACCUUCCCUUCCUGGGCAACUGUACCUACCUCGCCUCUAGGGAUAGGAACCAAACUGGAGAACAUAAAUAUCAGGUGUACGCUACGAACGGCCCGUGCGAUGACAACGCUAAUAUUGUGUGCACUAAGAUCGUGCAUCUCAUAUACGAGAAGAAUGUUAUCCAUAUCAGCAAGGAUCCCACAACCAAAAAGCUUCGAACAGUGAUAGGGAAGACCGCGGUGUUCAAGUACCCGGUUAAGGAGAACUGGGGCACCAUCAGCUUGCUCAACGGACAGGAUGUCUCCGUCACCCUACCGGAUAUACACGUGGAGCUGACAGUGUCGCAACUGAACCUGGAGUUCGCCGUCCGCGUGCCGACCUUCCUGUACGGGAACCGAACCGAGGGUCUGUGCGGAGUGUGCGCCGGCUACCAAGACUUCCUCGUCACCAGCAACGGAACUGUCACCGAUGACUUCGACUCGUACGGCAAGAGUUGGCAAGCGUCUCCCGAGAAGCUGACGGAGCUGGAGGUGCCGAGCGACGAGCAGUGCGACGCGCCGCCCCCGCCCGCCCCCUGCACGCCCCCUCCGCCCGACAACAACACCUGCUACCACCUGUACAACGCCGACAGAUUUGGAGCCUGCCACGCGCUGGUGGAGCCGCAGCCGUACGUGGAGUCGUGCGAGGCGGACGAGUGCGGCGGGCGCGGUCCGUGCGACGCGCUGCAGCGAUACGCGGCCGCUUGUGCCGAGCUCGGCCUGUGUCUGCCGGACUGGCGGCGGGAACUCUGCCCCUAUCCUUGUGAGGAACCGUUCGUGUACCGAGCGUGCGUGGACUGCGAGAGGACGUGCGACAACUACGAGCAGUUGCAGACCAGCCCGGAGAAGUGCACCAACAAACCCGUCGAAGGAUGUUUCUGUCCCGAAGGAAAGGUACGCGUCAACAACACGUGCAUAGAGCCCGGCAAGUGCUUCCCCUGCGGCGUCGACGGACACUACGCGGGCGACGAGUGGCAGGAGGACGCGUGCACGUUGUGCGCGUGCGCCCGCAGCCCGGACGGCACGGCGCUGGUCGGCUGCCGCGCCACCAGCUGCGCGCCGCCCGUGUGCGCGCACGGGGAGGACCUGCGCACCGCGCCGCCGCCGCCCGGACAAUGCUGCCCGGAAUACGACUGCGUCGCGAAACCCGAAGCACAGUGUAAAGAGACCAAGAAGAUUGUGUGUGAUUACGGUCAAGUGCUGAAACAGAAGACAAACCCUAGCGGCUGCAAGGAAUACUUCUGCGAAUGCAAGCCGUCCAGUGAAUGCGAAGUGAUUCCUCCGGAGAGUGAGGUGGAGAUAGUCGAAGCUGGUAUCCAUCGUGAGAUCGACAACUCUGGAUGCUGUCCGCGCGUGUCGCUCGUGUGUCGCCCCGAAACGUGUCCCAAGCCACCGCACUGUCCCCAGUUCCAAACCCUCGCCACUGUCAAUAUCACCGGCAAGUGCUGUCCGGAAUACAAGUGUGAACUACCUAAAGACAAGUGCAUCGUCACUCUAGAAUGGGAGGCGGCUGCAAAAGGCGGCGAGAAGCCACGAGAAAAACCACAAACUGUGCUCAAAGAUCUGGAGGCCGUGUGGCUGGACGGUCCGUGCCGGUCGUGCGAGUGCGCGCUGUCCGGCGCGGGUCCGGCGGCGACGUGCGCGGUGUCGGCGUGCCCGGCGGUGGUCAGCUCCGAGCUGUUCGUGCUGGAGCCGCGCCCCGUGCCCUUCGCGUGCUGCCCGGAGCCCGUGCAGGUCGCGUGCAGACACCAGGAUAAUGUCUACAAGGUCGGCGAGAAGUGGAAGUCCCCCACGGACGUGUGCGAGACGUACGAGUGCGCGGCGGACGGCGACGGCAAGCUGCAGCGGCUCGCGGCCGUGCAGCGCUGCGACCAGCACUGCCAGCCCGGUUGGAAAUACGUCCCGGCUGAAGCCGAUAGCGGUCAGUGCUGUGGGAAGUGCGAGCCCGUGGCCUGCGUGGUGGAUGGAGAGGAGAAGCCAAUAGGCGAGAAGUGGACGUCCUCGGACUUCUGCACGAACUUCACCUGCGUGAACCUCAAUGGCACCCUCCAAGUCCAAAGCUCGAAUGAGACUUGCCCGGAGAUAUCCGAUGCUGAACGGAAGCAGUUCGUGCUGAAGGAGCAGAAGGUCCCAGGGAAGUGCUGCCGCAAGAUCGAACGUGAGGCGUGUCGAGCGGGAGAUCGGAUAUACCAGGUCGGCGAGAACUGGACGUCGACCGAGAACUUGUGCGAGAACUACCGAUGCGUGCGGGACGGGGGCGGCGGCCUGCGCUCCGUGGCCUCCGAGCAGCGCUGCGAGACCGACUGCCAGCCCGGCUGGAAGUACUUCCCGGCGCCGGCGGAGUGCUGCGGCCGCUGCAAGCCCGUCGCCUGCGUCGUGGAAGGGCGGGAGAGGCCCGUCGGGGAGAGCUGGACGUCUGCCGACUUCUGCACCAACUACACCUGCGCCGACCUGCACGGGACCCUACAAGUGCAAAGCUCAAACGAGACUUGUCCUGAAGUGUCGGAGGCUGUGAAGAAACAGUUCGUGCUCAAAGAGGAGAAGAUCCCGGGCAAGUGCUGUCCCAAGGUCGAGCCGGUCGCGUGCCGAGACGGCGACAAAAUAUAUCAGGAGGGUCAGGUGUGGACGACGCCGGACCCCUGCACCAAUCGGACGUGCAGGCGGGAGGACGGGCAGCUGUCCGUGGGCCGCACGGUGGAGCACUGCGAGCGACAGUGCAGGCGCGGCUGGACGUACUCACCGCCCGCCGCGGACCGGUGCUGCGGGCGCUGCGUGCAGUCCGCCUGCCUCGUCGACGACCAGCUCAAGGAACCCGGCUCCACGUGGUCCUCGGCCGACAACUGCACCACAUUCAGCUGCGACCGAAGCGGGGAGGAGGUGUUCGUGACGUCAGCCACCGAGCACUGCCCCGACGUGUCGGCCUGCGACCCGGCCGACAUUGUCAACACCACCUGCUGUCAGAUCUGCAACGAGAAACCGCAAGCCCUCAGUAAAUGCGUCCCUAAGAGCAUCCCGAGCUCAGAGACGGUAGGACUGAUCCGCAUCCCGAUGGGAGCCCACGGCCUGUGCGUCAACAAGUUCCCCAUCACCGGCUUCACGGAGUGCCACGGCUCCUGCGACUCCGGAACUAUCUAUAACAACCAGACCGGUACGCACGAGUCUGCGUGCGAGUGUUGUCAGGCCGCGAAGUACAGCGGCGUGUCCGUGCGACUCACGUGCGAAGACGGGACGGUCCGACCGCACCGGGUCGCCACGCCGGCGCGCUGCCACUGUGCCGCCUGCGGACCGGGACUCACUAAGCACCCUAAACCUGGUCACGCAUCCUACACUGGUACCAAGAACCCAGUACAGCCGGAGCGGGACAGGGAGUACGUGAUCCCGGAUAUAUUCCAGCGCUUCGGGGGAAGCGAGGAGAAACCACGACUCUAAUUACAUCACGACUUUGAUAAUUAGUUUUUAACGUUUAAGUAAUUAACAAAAAUAUAAAAUUGUAGUAGUUUUAAAAAAAAACACCUGGCAACAUUAAAAUGUUGAUGCAUUUAAUUAUAUAAAAG